AUGUUUUUAUCUACUUUUCCAGUUCGCCGCCAUGGUUCUUGCCGUUCUCCUGGCACAUCAGUGCCUGGCUGACCGCCCCCCUCCCCGUCGCCAGGCGCCCCUGGUUCGGACUGGCGGCAGCUGGUCUCUGAGCAGCAGGGCAUCCAAGCCUAGCAACGUAAACGACAGGGACAAGUGCAAGUUCUGCGUGGAUUUUGCUCAUAACGCUAUCCAGACGAUUGGAGAGGCCAUUCUCGAGGGUGGGCUAACGCAAGGCUGUGAAAAACUGUGUUCGAUCGUUGCCAACAAAACCGGGAGCCAGGCGGUGGGUCUAGCCUGUGACGGGUUGUGUGCCCUCGUCGGCUUUGAUGAGUUCGUCCAUGCAUUUGAAAAGGCUGACGUGGACCCGAUCUACUACUGCGAGUUGCUGAAGCAGUGCCCGAUAGUCGACAACGGCGAUGCGACAAUCACCAAGCUAACCGUCACUCCCAAGUCUGGGCCACAAGGAGAUUUUCUCAUCGACAUGGAGUACGAGACGAAGAACGGCACGGGGACAGGCGAGCUGCUGAUUUACGUGGACCCUGUGGACGGCCUGCCGUUAGGUGCGUCCUUCCUGAACGAGCCCCAGGACCCAGGGAAGUACGACGCACAGAUCACCCUGCAUGCAGUGCCGCAACAAGGCUGCGAGGUCGCAUGCGAAAGUUUUGAGCCGGGCGUUUACAACGUCACUAUGCAUGUCUGCAAUGGCCAGUGUAUGAGCCAUCAUCCCCACAGCAAGAUUUAUGAUAAGAAGAAGACUAACUUCACCAUCACUGGACCAGCACCAACAGAUCCGUCACGGCUGUAAGAAACAAACUCAUAAACAACGUUGACCCCCACUUCUCAUUCUCAGUUGCCCUGCUUGCCUGGCCACAUGAACGAUUGUCAAAGUUAAGAAAUAAACUUGGCCACCUCGCCUAUUGCAAUUUAUCAAGUAUUGAAUAGCAUUGUCAUUUCACCUCAUUGAAAAGCCCACCUAUGACUUGAUUGAAACGACAGCGAACUUGAGUUCGUCAUUUGAUUAGCGUCUUUUUUGCUUUCGUUGUACUUUUAUUUGCUUUCCCUGUGUCUGUAAUUGUGAACUUGUUGAAAAACUUUUGGUGUUUACUUUAUAUCAAGACUGAACGUAAAUUUCUUCUAUCUUUGAACUUUGAAGAUGAAUAGAUGAAUAAAAGCGAAUACAUCUCC